CGUUCGGCUUGUCCGAGUCCCUGUGGCACCGACGAGUCGAGACCUGCCGGCGAGGCUGAUGCUGUCGCAGUCGGCUGGCCACCGAGCGCCGAGGCCAUGCCUCUGCACCGUCUUCAAGGCAGCCACGAGGCGAAGAAGUCAGUCGGUCUCGGGUCGUCGAGUCCAGUUGCGCAGACGCCGUCGCCUCGAGGGGCAGGAGGUGAGGAGAACCAAGCUUCUGGCCACGAAGCUCAAGUUCAAGGAUCCACGACGUCGACGGGGUCACAGUCACAGGCCAUGAACAGCGAUGGUGCAGAGGUGGUAGGCUCAAGUUCACUUGAGACGAAGGACCGGAUGGAAUAUCAUUUUGCGAGUCUGAAAACCCUCAUGGAGGUGAAUCCUUGUUGCGCUUUCGUCUGUCGUGUGACGGACAUCGUCUUUUUGCUGAAUUAUCGUUCAGCAUGGCAUCCUGCUCUGAUGAUGUCCGUCACAUGUCGGACGAAAGCUCAGCAAGGUUGCAUCUGGGUCGCGGACCUAUUCGCACAAAUCCACCCUUCCACUCGCCUCUUCAAACGAAAUGAAAAGUAA